AUGGCGGACACUUCGGUCACAGAGGACAUCACCCUCCAGACCCUCGGCGACGUCCACUCGGACACGGACGACGAACACGUGGCGGAAGCCCAGGCGGACCGAGCGGGCGGUGCUGAGGGGCUCGUGAACGGGGAUGACGGCAAGGAGGCAGCAAAUGGAGAGGCUGUAGAGCAUGAGGAGGCUGGCCAUGGCGCUGAGAACGGAAAACCUGAGGAAGAUGCUGCGCCCGUGGAAACCGUCCAGGAGCCCGAGACCAAGGAGGAACCAAAGAAGGAGGCAUCAGGCGUGAUGAAGGUGCUCAAGAGCGGCGUGUUUGGUGGCGCUCCCAAACCGAGCCCCCCUCAGUCCAAGGCUGCUACCGGUGCCGCAGCUUCAGCUCGUCUUUCCAGGCCUUCUUUGGCGCCCGUGAAGACUGGCCCUACCGCCUCUAAGCCAGCAACUUCAGCUACCAAGCCGACUAGUGCUUCUUCCACGGCUGCUGCUCGACCCACCCACGCUUCUCGAGCAUCUGUCACGACUCGCCCCACGGCAAGCACCACUACCAGACCUUCAGUGACCAGACCCACCGGCACCUCGUCCACUGCAGCCAAGCCUGAAGUCAAGCCCAGGCCGACUACAUCUGCUUCCGACAGGACUGCAAGCUCGAGUACUGCCCGACCGACUGCAUCUUUGACUGCCGGAACCGCUUCUCGAACUAGACCUGCUCCUAGCAAGCCAUCAGUCCCCACUGCUGCGUCUGCCCGUACGACUACAACCACGGCGACUCGCCCUACAGCCACUCGACCUGCUGCUACGAGUACAUCUACCCUUGUCAGUAAACCCGAGGCGAAGCCGACUACCACCACAGCUUCCCGGGUAACUCGACCUUCUACUACCACCACCACUCGACAGCCCCUCACUGCCCAGCGCACGGGCACUUCGACCACCGCUGCCACCCGUCCCGCUGCUACACGCCCUGCAGCCGGCCGAGCAAGUAUGGCGCCUUCCACCACCGCCCGAGCUCCCAUCUCUGGCGUCCCUCCAAAGGUACGAGCUGGGUCGGGGCCGAGUGUCGUGGCUGGAGGUGCGAAGGAGUUGACCGAACUUAAGGGGAAGGUGGGGGAGUUGGAGAAGCAGAUUGAGGAGGAGAAGGUGAAGUAUGAGGAGAAGGUUGCUGGGUUGGAGCAGGAGAAGCUGGAGCUGGAGGAAAAGCAUGUGAAGGCGAUUGAAGAGCUUAAAGCCGAGAUUGAGGCUGCCACUGAAAAGGCUGGUGCCGACGACGGACAGCUUGAAGAGCUGAAAGCGUUGCACGAGACACAGCUCAAGGCUGCUGAAGAGGAAAAGAUGGCUAUCAUGUCCGAGAUGAUGUCCAAGCUCCAAAAACUUGGUACCGAGUACCACUCUGUCCAAAGUCAACUCAAAUCCGCACAAGCCGAGCUUUCAUCUUCCUCCUCCGCCCUCUCAACCCUCCAGACUACCCUCGAAUCAACCCAAUCCGAACUCGAGUCCCUCCACUCAUCUUCCCAGACAUUCGAAUCUUCCCUCGCAUCCCUAGAGUCUUCCAAAGCCGAGCUCGAAGCGCAACUUGAGAAUGUCGAAGCGGAGAAGAAGGCGCUGGAUGCAAAGCUUAAAGAGGGCGAAGCGGAUGCCGAGAGGAGUUUGGCGGAUGCUUCUGGGCUUGGGGGGAAGGUGCAAGAGCUGGAGGAGAAGAUUAAGCAGCUUGAGAAUGAACUUGAGAAGGAGAAGGAGGCUUUGAAGGCUGAGGAGGCGAAGGCGCAAGAGACCAAGGCUACUCUUGAGGCCGAGCUCGAAGCGCUCAAGGGCGACCGGGCUUCCCACACUGAGGCUCUUGCUCGAGCCACUUCCGACCAUGCUGCCAGCAAAGAAGAGCUCGACGAAAUCAAGAUCGCUCACGAACAACUCUCCACCACCUACGCCGACCUCCUGCAAUCCUCCUCCCGCCACCCCGAGGAUAUCGCCGACCUUCAACGCCAGCUCUCGGAGGCUACAGAAAAGCACGAAGCUCUGCUCGUUGAUGCUGCUUCCCAUGCAGGUGCUAGUGAGAAGACGGCAGAGCUGGAGAAGAAGGUGGAAGAGCUCGAACAGGCAAGGAAGGCUGGGCAAGAAGAGGUUGAGGCGCUGAGGAUGAAGUUGGAGGAGGUUGAGGUGUUGCAGGGGUUGAGGAAGGAGGCUGAAGAGAAGGAGAAGAACUUGAAUGAGAUCAUCUCGGGUCUUGAGGCGGAGAUUGAAAAGUCUAAAGCCGAGUUUGAGCAAAAGUACAACUCUGCUUUCGAAGACGCCAAGGCUGCCGCCGACAAGGAACACCAAAAAGAACUCUCCUUCUUCCGCACCGAGAUCGCCACCUCUCAAGGCCAACUGCAAGAAGCCCACACCGCCGAGAUCUCGUCCCUCCAAAACGCCCACUCCACCUCCCUCUCCGAGAUUAGCGUCCAACACCAAUCAGAGCUCACAACCCUGGAACUGUCGCUGCAAGCUGCCGCCCAACAAGUGGAGCAGGACCAGAAACGGUUGGAGGACGUCAAGGAAGAAAAGGAAAAGCUGGAGGAGGAGGUGAAGAGGCUGAAGAGUGAGGUAGAAACUGUUAGGGCUGAGGGUGAGGUGAAGGGGAAAGAGGCGAGUGGUGAGCUGGAGGUGGAGCUGAAGAGAGUCAAGGGCGAGCUGCAGCAUGUGACCGAUGAACUGAAGGGCGCACGAGAAAUGGCCGAGAUGAACAAGUCAUCUUUCCACCAGACCCUGGAAGCCAUCCAAGAGCAGCACCAAGAAGAGGCCAGGGAGUCUGCUGAAAAGCGUGAAGCGCAGUUUUCCGAAGAGAAGAAGGCUCUGGCGGAAGAGGUGGAGAAGGUCAAGGCGGAGACUGUCAAGCUGAGAUCGGAUCUGGAGGAUGAGCGGGUCGAGAAGAACACUGCCCUUGCCAAGCUCUCGGAAAAGGUCGCAACGCCCCCUACGUCGCCCCACGCUGAGCUUCCCAGCUCACCUUCCAUCACUCGACUGCACGAGGCUCACAAUGCCAAGGUCACACAGUUGGAGAAUGAGAUUGGCAGACUCAAGGCGUUGCUCUCCAAGACUCCUGCUGGUGCUGCUGCUGUGGCCGCCGGGGACCGUGGAGAUGUUGGGGAAGAGAGCAUGGAAUUUACGGACGAUGAAACGAUGACGUUUUGA